AUGAAGCCAGCCAUCAAGGUGUCUUCUGUCCUCAUCCUCAUCCCAGUCCUCUCAAGUCAGGUUCUCCCCAAUCAGGUGUCCGGUCCCCCCUCCAAGAUGCAGUUCAAGACUCUUGUUCUCUCCGCUCUCGCGGUCGCCUCCGGCGCCUUCGCUCAGCGCUCUUGCGGCACCCCGUCUCCCUCUGAGGAGCAGAUCGAGGUUGCUGAGCGUUUGAUGCUCAAGGAGGAGAACGCCCGCGUCGCUGGCAACUCCACUCGUCUGGCUCCCAUCAACGUCAACGUCUACUGGCACGUCAUUGCCAGGUCCCAGACUGUUGCCAAUGGGUACCUUACCCAGGCUACCCUGGACGAGCAGCUCGACGUCCUGAACGCGGCCUUCGCCCCCCACGAUGUCCAGUUCUCUCAAGCCGGUGCCGACUGGACUAUCAACACCCAGUGGGCUUCUGACUCGGCCGAGCUGACCAUGAAGCGCUCGCUCCGCAAGGGCACCUACGCCGACCUGAACGUCUACUUCGUUCCCGGUACCCCCUACCUCGGAUACGCCUACUUCCCCCAGACCGUUUCUACCGGCUCCUCCGCUUUCUACUACGAUGGUGUCGUCAUCCGCUCCGCUGCUGUUCCCGGAGGUAGCUUGGCCCAGUACAACCUUGGCCACACCGCCACCCACGAGAUUGGCCACUGGCUUGGACUCUACCACACCUUCGAGGGCUACCAGUGCGGUGGUAACGGAGACUACGUUUCUGACACCCCCUUCGAGUCUGAGGAGGCCUACAACUGCGAGAUUGGCCGUGACACCUGCCCCACCCUUGCCGGCACUGACCCCGUCACCAACUACAUGGACUACUCUGACGACGACUGCUUCACCCACUUCACUGAUGGCCAGGAGACUCGCAUGCACUCCUACUGGGACACCUACCGCGCUUCUUACCAGUAA